AUGGCAGCAGCACAAGCCCGAGCUGCUUGGCAGCGCAUUGCUAAUCGUGUCUUCGUCCAAGAUGAUGCCAAGAGAGCUCCAAAGUUUGCCAGUUUCUCGCCGUCCUCAUUAAUGCUGCUGCCUGAUUCGGGCAUUACUGGUUUGCCGAAGGGAUCGUAUCGGCCUGCCUCAAAUCGAAACAUAAUGAGUUCCAGUCUACCACCUGAGACAGGAUCCUGCUUCCAUCCCCGCAGAAACUUCGACUCCCAGAAGGUUCUCGUCUGUGAAAAUAUGAACGCUUUCGAGAAGGAAACUGUCACCUCAGGCUCUUUGGUCUCUAGGGAUUUGGAUAGUAAUGCUGCUUUCCAUGCUGAUGGUAAGAGCUCUGGGUCAAUUGAGGCAGCAUGGAAGGUUUCGACGGGUUUAAGGAACCAUCAAGGCGAAGAAAGCAUCGACGACCUGGACGCGAUGAACAGUGAUGCCUGUAAGAACGCUGCUGACUGGUUAUUUUUACAGAAGUCAGAGAAGAACAGUUUUGGAUCAGAGACACCUCUGGGAAGUGAGAAGAUCGAGCCAUGGUGGCGGAUUGCAGAGACGGGCGAGUUGACACUGCUGGUCAUGCAAAAAUCGUCGGAGCGCGUUGAAAACUGCGAUCUUCCUCGACCUCAGACCAUGCUGUUCUGCGGAGAUCCGCUGGGCCCUCUUGAGAUAUUCAGCUUUGAUAGAUCCUGCGCACGAGAUCCAUUGAAUGACGCGAGUAUCAGCUCAACGUCUGGGAGUCAUUUGGGCAGAAGCUAUCAGACUCUCAAUGAAGCUGGCCAUCCUCCACCGUACAAUUCAUAUAGAAACUCCUGGUAUUCUUGAAGAGCAAGAACUAGUUUUUCUUACUUACAUCUUUGCCGUCUCUUAGAUGUGAAUUCUAUGCAGCGACGAUCCGCCGGAAGCGUAUCCCGGUUGUGGGGGCGAUUCGAGCAGAACUGCAUUACUGGGAGCGCUCCGGUGCUCCCAGACGCGAGCAAGAGAAGCGGAAGCCACAGCCCGGCUGGCUCGCCAUGAGAAGGAGCACAUCGUCAAGCUCAUCUUCAAGCAGGCGUCUCAUGCCUUCGCAUACAGGUUGUGGAUCCGAAUGCUGGAGUGGGAGAGAUUCUUCCUCCAUCAGAGGAUCAAGAAACAACAGCCACCCGUUGGAGGUCUGGUUCAGAGCGAGGUUCUCAAGCAGGAAACGGGGCGGACGAGCCAGAAAUCUGGGCGUGGCAGGAGCAAGGCCGCUGCGCGGGCUGUCGGCCUCGGUCUGGUCGGCGUUGGGCUCCUCAUCGGCUGGUCACUGGGCUGGCUACUGUCUGCCUUCUGA